AUGAGUUAUCAAGCCCCACCAACACUCCAGCAGCUAGCGUUCGAGAGCCUACUGAAGAAGGAGGCCUUGACCAUUUCUGGUCUAGCCGGCUUGCCCUGGUUCCUGUUCCCAGCAGCAUUUGAGAGGGCCUUCAGGAACAAUCAGACCGACAUCCUGCGGGCCAUGGUGCCUGCCUGGCCAUUCACAUGCCUUCCUGUAGGAAUCCUGAUGAAGACCCCACACCUGGAGACUUUGAAAGCUCUGCUUGAUGGACUAGAUGUGCUGAUUACAGAGGAGCCUUGCCCCCGCCGCGGGAAAAUCAGAGUGCUGGAUUUGACAAAUAGGGAUACCUGUGUCAAUCGGAGUCAAUCCUGUGAAAGGGAAUUCUUUCUUCAGUUCACGAGAGAGAAGACAGUGGAGACGUUUCCUUACUCACGAGGAAAGAAAUAUCUACAUGUCAUAAAUGACCUAAGUAUCAUGGACAGUAGGUGUGGUGAAUGUACCACAUACUUGUGGCGAUGGGCCCAGCAGAGACAAAAUUCUGUUCAUUUGUGCUGUCCAAAGAGCCAUAUUUUGACAUCAAAAUUGUUUCCCACAGCCAUAGACUUCUUAAAGUCUGUAGAUCUCCACUGUGUAAGGGAGCUGAAGCAUCUCUAUAUCAACGAUGCUCCUGCUCUAGUUGGCAGCCUGGCUGAUUGUCUCCGGUGCCUGAAGAAGCCCUUGCAGACCCUGUCCAUCACUCACUGUUACAUCAUACAGAGAGACUUGGAUUACCUGCCCCUGCGCCUGAACCUUUCUUCGCUUAAACAUCUCUACUUGUCUUUCACAAUGUUGGACAGGUGUAUUCAGCCACUUGGCUAUCUCCUUGAGAGCGUGAAAGACACCUUGGAAACUCUUGACCUGGCCGGAUGUCGGCUGGAGGAUUCUCAAUUUAGUGCUUUGAUGCCUGCCCUGAGUCAAUGCUCCCAGCUCCUUGAGAUUAAUUUUUACAUGAAUGAACUGUCUCUACCCAUCCUGAAGCAACUGCUUCACCUCACAGCCAAGCUGAACAAGCUAACCAAAGAGAUAUACCCUGUCCCUCCGGAGUACUAUGAUGGAUGCCGAGUGCUUGUACGCAGAUUUGAUGAACUUGGUCCUGAGCUUCUGGAUAUACUCAGGUCUGAAAGACAGCUCAAGGAAGUCUGUUUUUUCGCAGUCGCCUGCUCUAUAGAAUUAUAA